CUUCUUUCCACCGUGCUAUAAAAUAAAAGGAUGGCACUGCGUGUUUUUGGAUUAAAUCUAGUGAAAACUAACAGGAAUCUGCUGCAGAAUGCAUGCAAAACCACUGUUCAGGCCACAGGCUAUCUGGCGGCGGCUCCAUUUGCCACAGAAGUGACCAUACAGGCUGCUCCUGCGGCUGUCCAGAAGCAAAGAGUCAGUAAAGCUAUGAGGGCGUACCUGAAGAGAGCCAACGAACACGACGAGUUCAUGAAGACCCAGCACCUGGAGUUCCAGGUGGGCAAGCGGCAUCUAGCCAACAUAAUGGGCGCUGACCCAGAGACAUUUACCCAGGAAGAUAUAGACGAGGCAAUAUCAUAUCUUUUCCCAUCCGGCUUGUACGAUAAAAAAGCCCGUCCUGCUAUGAAAUCUCCCGACGUUGUCUUUCCCGCUCGCAAGGCUGCGGAAUUCGAUGAGACGGGAAGACCAUUCCACAGCAUGUUCUACACAGGCAAGCCUAACUUCUUUCAGCUGCUCCAUGACAUUGUGGAGGAAACCAACAAGUUGGCAGAUCUAGAGGAGCGCAUGCUUCGCCGUGGCAAUAAACCUGAUGAAAACCAAAAGCUAGAAAUAGCUGGCUUUCAGCUACUGCCCAAGGACCAGUUGGAAACUUUGCUAGUGGAGAGCAUUGCCGAUAUCGAGUACACGAACUUUUCAAACUCCAUGGAUCGGCUGAUCGCAUCACCUUAUGCCUAUAAGAGCAAAACAUUUAUCGAACGUUUUCUGAAGCCUCUGAUGGACCAGUCCAAGCAACUGGAGGUGCCCAAGCCAAAGAUCGAUGAACAAGGCCGUCAGUACAUUACCACUUACGAGUGUCUGCGAAAAACUGCCAGAGCGGACGUCACAGUUCGUCUGCCCGGAACGGGAAAAAUCAGCAUUAAUGGAAAGGAUAUCUCAUACUUUGGGGACGAGAACUGCAGGGAGCAGCUGCUCUUCCCGCUGCAAUUUAGCGAGCUGCUGGGCAAAGUCGAUGUGGAGGCCAAUGUCGAGGGAGGCGGACCUUCCGGUCAGGCCGGAGCCAUCCGCUGGGGAAUCGCGAUGAGUUUGCGCAGCUUUGUCGAUCAAGAGAUGAUUGAGUCAAUGCGUCUAGCCGGUCUGCUGACACGUGACUAUCGCCGUCGGGAGCGUAAGAAGUUCGGACAGGAAGGAGCACGCCGCAAGUACACGUGGAAGAAGCGUUAAGCACGGGCACGUGCAUCUACAAUACUAGCUGCAUUUUUUAUCGAAAUGUUUUAAUAAAUAACAAAUAUGUUAAUGGA